AUGCAGAUGUCCCACAGACCUGUGCAGUGGCUCGCUGUCAUGCUACUUGUCGUCUUUACAACAGGCCAGUGUCAACAGAACGAGAGCCGCCGAGCUGUGACUGAACAUCAGCUGAUGCACGACCGCGGCCGAAACAUCCAGAGUCUCAAGAGACUCAUCUGGCUGUCCAGCGCCAUUGAGGGUCUCCACACCGCCCAGACCCGCUCCACUGCUUUCAACCCCACAAAGAUCCUGAACCUGGAUCUGAAUCCAGCGCUGGUCCCUGCUGCUGGGAGCCCCCAGUCCACCCGGGUGCAGAGCCUCCUGAGAGACUUCUUUAAUCCCUACCUGACUCAGCUGCCAGACAGAGAGCCCUAA